CGAUAUAACUUCAUCGAAAUUUCCUUCAACCCAAAAGCACAAAACAAACCCACCCCAUUUAUCCCUCCCGAUUGAUCAUAAUCAUCUCAAGCAGCGCCAUUUCUUCACACAAUCAUGGCGGCCAAUUUCUGGGCUUCAUCCCACUACAAACAACUCUUGGACGCGGAAGAGGUCGAUGUCGUUCAUCCACUCGAUAAGGAAAGGGGUCUGACUCUUGAAGAUUUCAAGCUCAUAAAGCUGCACAUGUCUAAUUAUAUUACAAGAUUGGCUCAGAAUGUGAAAGUGCGGCAAAGGGUUGUGGCUACUGCUAUUGCAUACAUGAGACGUGUUUAUGUGAGGCGAAGCAUGACUGAAUGUGAUCCUCGUCUAGUUGCUCCAACCUGCUUGUACUUGGCCUCAAAAGCUGAAGAAAGCACCGUGCAAGCAAGACUUCUUGUGUUUUACAUCAAGAAAUUGUAUUCAGAUGAGAAGUAUCGAUUGGAAAUAAAAGAGAUACUGGAAAUGGAAAUGAAAAUUUUAGAAGCCCUGGAUUUUUAUUUAGUGGUUUUCCAUCCUUAUCGGGCACUACCACAGUUGCUUCAAGACGCUGGAAUGAAUGAUGCGACUCAAUUAACUUGGGGAAUCGUGAAUGAUACUUACAAGAUGGAUCUGAUUCUCAUACAUCCUCCUUAUUUGAUUUCAUUAGCCUGCAUAUAUAUUGCAAGUGUCCAAAAGGAGAAAGAAAACACAGCCUGGUUUGAGGAGCUCCAGGUCGACAUGAAUGUGGUGAAGAACAUUGCAAUGGAGAUACUAGACUUUUACGACAGCCACAAAUUGAUAACAGAUGAAAGGGUUAACGCGGCCAUGAGUAAGCUGGCCAGGUAGGCGACGGCUGGUUUAGGGUAACUAACCCCAUCUCAUUGUUCUAUAUCUGAUCCUUAAGUAACCAACAUAAUCCUUCUAAGCUUAUUUGCUGGUGAAGCAUAGGGAAAAAAAGCGAAGACUUUUCCCGUGCAUAUUAAUGUAUAACAGUAUCUUGAUUCGGGCCUGGAACCCGAUCAAGAAUCCCUUAGAAUUCUAGAUAAGCUAAGAAGUGAUGAAGUACCCCUGAGAGAAUUAUCUUUGGUAGAGUAAUGGAAUGCUUCACUUCUCUUCUCUUGUCAUGUUAUAUGUUUAAGUUCUUGGAACAUUGGUAGCUAUUCUGUUGUAAACAUGUGCCUGAAUAUAAUCCCUUAGGAGUGAAUUCAAACACAAAUCACAUGAAAUGUUCGCAUAUCUUACCAUAAGAUCAGUCCUUGAUCUCCAAAUUUUGGUGACAAGGAUAUUGAUUCUUUGAUUGUA